AUGCACAAAGCCAAGGGAUUGCCGUUGUACAAGAAGGACGAAUUCUGUGUCCCAGACUGCCUCAAGGAAAACCCGUAUAUAUUAACGGGCUAUAGAGCACAGUACACAACCGGUAUGUGCAUUCGCAGCUUCUUUGCGCUUCAUAACGAGACUGUUAAUAUAUGGACGCAUGGCAUUGGUUUCCUAGUGUUCGUCCUACUUUCCCUCGUAUUGUUUACGACAGUCCUCCUCACACACGAGUACCUUGCCCACACCUUUGUUUACGGCAUUUUUUGCUUUGGCUGUCUCAUGUGCAUGGCGUGUAGCACUACCUAUCAUCUGUUUCUGGGGCAUAGAAACCAGCUACUGUCAUUAGUGGCACAGCAGCUGGACUACUACGGUAUCAGCGUGUUGAUUGUUGUGAGUUUUCUCCCUCCACUGUACAUUGGUUUUUACUGUGAACCUUUCUUUCGCGCAAUUUAUAUGACUGCCAUAUGCAUUUGUGGUGUAUUGAGCCUCGUGGCGACCUCGCUGCCGUGCCUGCACGACGGGAAAGUUCGUUGGGUGCGAAUAUGCAUCUAUACUGCUAUGGCCCUAAGCGGAGUUGUGCCGUUUUUCCACCACAUCUUACUUAAUCCAAUGAAUGCCGAAACACUCCAGACGUGUGGAGGUGUUGCACUCAUGUUUAUUCUCUACGGCAUGGGGACAAUGAUUUACUGCUUACGCAUACCUGAGUGCUGGUACCCAGGGGAGUUUGACUUGCUUUUUAGUAGUCACCAGAUAUGGCAUGUGUUUGUGCUCGCAGCAGCGUGCGUGCAUUUCUUCACAUGCACGGCGAUUUACCAGCAGUGGGCAGUGAGCCGUGGAGCAUGUUGA